AUGAAGAUAGAGGAUGAACUUUAUCAGCUUAGACCAAUGAAUUGCCCCUACCAUAUUUUACUGUACCAAAGAAAGCUUCAGUCCUACCGAGAUUUACCUAUCAGAGUUGCAGAGCUUGGAACAGUUUAUAGAUAUGAGUUGUCUGGAAGUUUACAUGGACUUUUCCGUGUUAGAGGUUUUACCCAGGAUGAUGCACAUAUAUUUUGUUUAGAGGAUCAGAUUAAGGAUGAAAUCAAAGGUGUACUAGAUCUUACAGAAGAGAUAUUAUUGCAAUUUGGUUUUAGUAAGUAUGAGAUCAACCUAUCAACCAGGCCAGAAAAAGCUGUUGGAGGCGAUGAUAUAUGGGAAAAGGCAACUUCUGCUCUUAGAGAUGCUCUGGAUGAUAAGGGCUGGAUCUAUCAAGUUGAUGAAGGUGGUGGUGCCUUUUAUGGGCCAAAGAUUGAUCUUAAAAUUGAGGAUGCUCUUGGAAGGAAGUGGCAGUGCUCAACCAUACAGGUAGAUUUUAAUUUGCCACAGAGAUUUGACAUUACUUAUGUUGAUUCAAACUCGGAAAAAAAGCGUCCUAUCAUGAUCCACAGAGCUGUGCUUGGAUCUCUGGAAAGAUUUUUCGGGGUCCUCAUAGAACAUUAUGCUGGGGAUUUCCCCCUGUGGCUCUCUCCAAUCCAAGCUCGAGUCUUGCCAGUUACAGACAAACAGUUUGAAUUCUGCAAUGAAGUGACCCGCAAACUGAAAACUAGGGGCAUUCGAGCUGAAUUUUGCCAUGGAGAGCGGCUGCCAAAGUUAAUCAGAAACGCAGAGAAGCAGAGAAUCCCAUUAAUGGCGGUUGUGGGUCCCAAGGAAGUGGAAGAUCAAAAUGUUACUGUGAGAUCGAGAUUUGGAGGGGAGCUUGGAACCAUGAGUGUUGAUGAGUUCAUUAGCAAAAUCAAGUGUGCUAUUGAAAACAGAAUCUUUUUGUAAAUAUUUUGUAAGAGAAUUAAAUAUAAUUCUUUUAAUACUUGUAAUUUAAAACAAAAAAAAAAAAAAAAAAAAAUUGAAGGCAAAUAUACGAACACGCUGUCCGCUAAUGUA